AUGGCUUCUGUUUUGCCUGGUUUCUCUUUAGGCAUAUGGGCAAAUCCCGUGGCACCAAAGAACCUCACCCGAGUGUCCGAGUUCGUCCUUCUAGGGUUCUCACCAGCACAGGGGCUCCAGAAAUUCCUGUUUCUGGUGUUUCUGUUUAUCUACAUCACCACUGUCGUGGGAAACCUCCUCAUCACGGUCACAGUGACGUUUGACUCCCGGCUCCACACACCCAUGUAUUUUCUGCUCCGAAACCUGGCUGUUAUUGACCUCUGCUACUCCACCGUCACCUCCCCAAAGAUGCUGGCUGACUUCUUUCAUGAACCCAGAACCAUCUCCUACCAGGGCUGCAUGGCUCAGAUCUUCUUCUUCCACCUCUUGGGAGGUGGGACUGUCUUCUUCCUGUCGGUGAUGGCCUACGACCGAUACAUAGCCAUCUCCCGCCCCCUUCAUUAUGUCACCAUCAUGAACACUCAGCUCUGUGUGGGACUGGUGGUGGCUGCUUGGCUGGGAGGUUUCCUUCAUUCCAUUGUCCAACUGGCUCUUAUGCUCCCACUCCCAUUCUGUGGCCCCAACGUGCUGGAUAACUUCUAUUGUGAUGUCCCUCAGGUACUGAGACUAGCCUGCACUGACACGUCGCUCCUGGAGCUGCUUAUGAUUUCCAACAGUGGGAUGCUGGUCCUCCUUUGGUUCAUUCUCCUUCUGAUUUCUUACACCGUCAUCCUGGUGAUGCUGAGGGCGCACUCAGGGCAAGCACGGAGGAAGGCAGCCUCCACCUGCACCACCCACAUCAUUGUGGUGUCCAUGAUUUUUAUUCCCUGCAUCUACAUCUACGCUCGGCCUUUCACUCCCUUCCCCAUGGACAAGGCCGUGUCCAUCAGCUACACGGUCAUGACCCCCAUGCUCAACCCCAUGAUCUACACCCUGAGGAACCAGGAGAUGCAGGCCGCCAUGAAGAGAUUAGGCCGACACUUGGUGAUUUGUAAAAGGGAGUGA